AUGACUUCGUAUCCGCAAACGACGUCAGCUCCAGUACACUGGGAAUCUCGAAACGGCUACGUCCCGCCACCAAGAUUCCAGCAACUCCGUGCCCAGGAAUCCCAGCAGCAGGCGCUCCAGAACCGCUUCCAACAGGGGCAACCACAGCCGCCAAUUUACAACCAACAGCAGAAUCAGGCUCAAUUUCCUCCACCAAAUCCCCAGUUGGGAAGCAACAGCCCUCCCGGAGGCUCAUCCCCUUCUCAGUCUCCCCAGAUGUCGCACUCUCGCACGGGCUCUUUCUUUUCGUUUCGUGGAAACAAGCAGCAGUCCAGUGAUAGCGCGAGCAACGUGCACCAGAGGGCCUUGUCUUCCACUCCGAAUAUGAACGCAAACGGAUCUGCGCCUUCGCUUCAACAAUAUUUACCUCCGUCGUCGAACAAUCCACCUCCCGGGCCAUCUCUUCCCCCGAUGCAAGGCAUGCCUCCUUCACAGUAUGCAGCCCAACAACCUCCACUAAACUUCGCGUCUCCGCCACCAUCUCAGCAGGCGCUACCACAGCAAUUUAAUCAGCAAUCAUUUCAGCAACAGCCACCACAAUCCCCUCCCCAGCAGCCCCAGCAGUUGCCCAUGCAUAUACAACGUCCGCAAGGGCAGCCUGUGCUGUCUGCCAUGAACGACGGCCGCCCAGCAAUCAGCCCUCAACAGCCCAAUCUGACACGGUCGCCAUCCGUUCAAGCAGGCUCUCAAUCCUCGCAAUCACCUACACCCGCACCUGCCCCAGCAUCCGCACCGCCCGCACCGACUGCACCACCCCUCCAUCCAGAGAUACGCUCUGUUGUCCAACUUACGGUAGCACACGCACACAAGAUCUACUUCUCUGGUCCACUCGUGCGUCGCAUCGAGCGGCAGCCUGAUGGCCAAAAACCGCACAAGGAUGAAGGUUGGAUGGAGAUUUGGGCGCAGCUUGGUGGUACGACCUUAAGCGUCUGGGAUAUGAAGGAGAUCCAGGAAGCCAGUAAGCAAGGAAAGGAAGUUCCGCCUUCUUACAUCAAUGUGACGGAUGCCUUUGUCCAAGUCUUGGGAUCUGUUACUGUCCCUGCAACCGCUACAGCGCCGGCCAAGCGGUAUACGAACGUCCUGACCCUCAACACAGCAGGGUCAAAUCUCUUACUCUUUUCAUGCCCUUCAACACAAUCCUUGAUCUCAUGGGCCGCGGCCUUGCGAUUAGCUGCAUGGGAGAAGUCUCGACUCGAGGAAAUCUACACUGCCCAUCUGAUUAGGAUCACCCUCAAUGCUCGCGAUGUUCCAACGACUCUUAUCCGAGGAAAAAUGGAAGGCUGGGCCCGUGUUCGCAUAGCGGGCCAGACAGAUUGGAAACGCGUAUGGGUAUCGGUUCAAGAGGGCAUAGAAGGUGGAGAGUUAGCGGCAAGCGCAGGACAGGCGGCAGCUCAAGCAACAAUGAAAAAGAAGCGGAUGUCGAAUUUGUUCUCUCGAGAAGCUCACCAUCCAUCCUCUCCUCUCCCCGCCAAACCUAUGAUUUCAAUGUUCACCUCACCGAAGCCCAAGGAUAGGAAGAAGCCGCUCAUGACAAUCUCCGGGGUCACACAAGCGUUUGGUGUGUAUCCUGAACGCCCAGAGCUUAUUAGCCGCAGCACGUUGCUGAAAGUCGAGGGCACACUUGGCGAUGAAGAAAUGGCUGGUUCCUUGCGCACGAGAGAAGGGUGGUGCUUGAUUAUGCCAGAGUUAGAAAACAGCACAGGCCAAGCAGCGGAGAUGCUGAAAUGGAUUGUCGCUCUGCAUGAUGCUUUUGAGCUGUACGGUCGACCUGAUGCAUGGACAUGGGACCCUCGCGAUCCUAUCUCAUUAAUGUUUGGAUACCCUGUUGGCCCUCAGAAGGAAACCCUUUUCCUCGACCGAGAAGUGGUUGAAUCGAUGGAUCCUCGCGACGAUCGUACCUCCGUCAUUCGAGCUCAUAUCAAGAAACUCCUUCGUGAACAUAUGAAGCCAGCUGUUCAGGUUGUACAGCAACGCCCACUGACGACAACUGAUUCUCCACCUCUUCUACCUCCUAUUGGCAGCGCAAGUAAUAACGCCCUUCCGCCACUACCCACACAAGAGAAUGGACAACCUCAAGCUAAUGGCUCCGGCCUACAGUCUUCGCCUCUUGGUAGUCCACAGCUGCCGCCUCUCAGCUUCGGCGCUAAGAGUCCGCCAAAUGCUACAUCAUCGCGAGAACGUCCUCUGACACCCAUCACUGAGAUGAGUGUCAAUAUGCACGGCCGGUCGACCUCAGUGGAUGCUCCGUCUGCGUUGAGCCCAAGCAACAGCACGUCUCCUCAGGUUGACCAAGCUCAGACAGCGUCGCCUCCACCAACUGCUCUCCUUGAUGGAGUCAUGGUGCAUAGCCCGUUAUCAGCGAGCUCGCCUCCAGCGCCAGCGGCGUCAUCUCUGCCUCCAAGUUCGACUUUGGCAUCAUCGGACACUUAUCCAUCGUCUUCAAUGCCCGCAGGAACGUCUUAUGGCACAUUUGACAACAAGAGCCUCACUUCCAUGUCAAGCUCGGCUCCUAUGAACUCGCCAAAACCAGACGAAAAUAAGCCCUUCGAUGGAUCGGCAUCGUUGGGUCGCCCCUCGUUGAAAGACCGCUCAAACACGCAGGGCACAAGUACCGUGAGUACCAGCUUUGCCAAUGAACACGCAUCACGACUGCGCGAUGUCGACAGCCACACAAGUCAUAGCAAACCAAGUUCCCCUCUCGGACAUUCUCCGACAUGGAAACCAUCAAGUACCACCUUGCAAACCCAGAAUCUGCAACCCCAACCUUCUCUUAAGACCGCGCAAUCUUCUCCUGGAGAUGACCGAUCCACUGACUUCCUCAGUGAAGCAGGCGCUCUUUAUUACAUGCAGCAAUCUGAUUUCAGUGGUUCAGGCGGUCUUCACUCUGGCCCUCAGCAACGUCGAACGCUUCCCGACUCAGAAGGCGACGAUGACAGCACCUCACUUGAUGAAUCGGAUUCUAAGCCCAUUAAUAAACCUGUGGCCGUGAUCCCACAAACUCAAGAACGUGUGGGCGACAAAGGGGUUGACACUCGUGGAACACCCAUUGCCUCUAGCGACACCACCUCUCGGCCAACUCCUUCCUCUCCCAAGUCGUCGGUUAACACGACUGCCGUGCCAGCGAAGAAGCCUAUUGGCCAGAUCAGCCCGAGUCGAUCAGGCCUAGGACGUAAACCGUCUGGCGCACGUGCCCCGCACGCUGUCCGAUCCCGCAACAACGCGGAGAGUAUUUCAUCCCAAACUGUCACUGAAACGGACGAGAGCAUGGCUUCACAACAGCAACAGCAAUACCAGCAACACCAGCAGAGUGCCCUGGCUUACGACGACCCCAACAGCGAGGUGCUCGCGGCGUUGACUUACCUCGACAUCGCGGACUCGGAGGUGCCGCCGGCGCAGUCACCACCUCAGGACACGCCCAAGGUCGAACCCCUCAACGUCGUCCACGCGGCAGACCGUGCUACACCCUCUCAACAACCAGCUGGAGAUGGCCUUCCCUACAAAUCGUCCUUCGCUCCUUCUAGUAAAGCCGCCGAAAGGAAGGCCAAGGCACAGGCACAGCAAGCCGCCCACCAGGCUGUCAUGCACAAGCCUGGUCGGGCUAAUGGGAAACGGAAAUCGCGCGUCGCUGGUGGUUGGGAGAGCAGCGAGGACGAGGAAGAAGACGAGGAGGAGGAGGAGGAGGAGGAGGAGGAAGACGACGUCGAUUCCGAUUCUCAGCCUAUCCGACCAACUCAAAGUACCUCGUCGCACCAAGGACUCUCUUCAUCAGCUAAUUCUGCCAGGCAGCUGCAUAACAUCCAGCCAGGACAGUCAGGACCUGUUGAAUCAUUGCAGGACAUACCGCCUACUCCGUCGCAUCUUCGACCAGCAAGAAAUCUGCCGCAGAUCCCUCAAGGCCGUGGUCCAGGAGACGAAUUACAACAUCCUCAGCCUAUGCAACGCAGGGUUAUUUCAGAUCAAUAUGCUGAUCCAGGCCGACGCACCUACUACGACGAUGCCACACCUAUCCGCACACAAUCUGAAUUCCCGCAACCUGGUGCUGCCCGCCAAUCUGUUUGGAGUCAAGUCUUGGAUCCAGGCCGCGCUGGCCAUAUACCGCAACCGCAGCAACAAGGUCCAGUUCGGGAUACAUUCGUGCAACUUGACCCUUCGGAAACCAUGACGAAAGCCUUCACUCCGCAAGGUCUUCUUUCUGCCGGGCUGCAAGACAAGGAAGAUCGUUCGGCUAAGCGACAAGAAGAACUCGCUCGCGAAAGCGGUGCUGCGCUUAUCAAUGUGCCCAAUAAACCUCCUCCCCCUCAAACAGGCCUUCUUGGAGCUAUCACUGCUCAUGAACGAGAAAGGAAGCGCGAAGGAGGUGUUGGUGCCGCAUUGACAGAACGAGAACGCGAGAAACGUCUUGCUGAAGAGAGACAGAGACGCUUCGAUGAGCAGCAACGUCAGCAAUUGGAGCAAAUGCAGGCAGGGGGGUCGAUGUAUGGUGGUUUCGGGCUCAAUCCAAUGAUGAACCCAAUGAUGAUGGGUAUGAAUCCGAUGAUGGGCAUGAACCCUAUGAUGACGGGUGGUGGAUUGACUCCGAUGAUGACAGGUGGGGGCAUGGCGCCUAUGAACCCGAUGAUGACUGGCCAGAUGGGAUAUCCAGGUAUGAUGGGCGGCUUCAAUCCUCAACAUAUGUUUGCUGCACAACAGGCUGCGGAGGCCUAUCGACAAGCCAUGAUGGCCUUCUCAGUGGCCGGAUCCCAGAUUGGUGGUGAGAAUGCUAACGGUGGUCCAAGCUCGCAAAUGAAUCCAGCAAUGGGUGGAAUGAACGCUGGUAUGGGAGGUAUGGGAGGCGGUAUGGGAAGUGGUAUGGGCGGAGGGAUGGGCGGGAUGAACCCUGCUAUGACUGGCGUGUCUGGAUUCGACCCUCGUAUGUCGAUGAUGGGUAUGCCUAUGAUGGGCAUGGGCAUGGGCAUGGGUAUGCCUCAGAUGGGUGGCCAGAUGCCUCUUGGGAUGCAGACGACUGGAAUGUCCAACUUCGAUCCAAGGGCUUCUCCUGGUAACGGGACUCCACCUAAUGCCAACGACAAUGGCGGCCUCAUCCCCCCAACCCAAACUGCUCCAUUUUCCUCACGCGCCAGUUCUCCUGCAGGUCGUGGAUCCCCUCUCGCUCGUAAUGUAGGGGAGACUGCCGAUCGUGGACGCCCAUCUCGCCCAACAAGUCCAAAAUGA